AUCCUCUCUUGGAUGCGGUGGUGGUGCCCUGUUUUUUUCUUAUUAUUUUCGUGGACGACCUCGCCAUGUGAAUGGGGCAGUCCUUCCCGGAAUGCGAGCACUUCGCCGGGAAUUGGUUUUUCGGCCGGCGGAAACCACGUCGAUUGCGAUGCUUCCUCAAGAGAAUCUCUGUUGGCGGCGGAUUCAAUGAACUGUAGCCCCCGAGAAGAGGGAAGAAGGAAGGAAAGAGAGGAGUUGGGGGAGAGGAACAUCAGAAAACUGUGAAGACUGAAGCUAUUCGCUUCUCCCGCUUUCCCUCCCAUGACAAUGCUCCACCUCCGCCUAUUUCCAGCUUUUUUUCUGGCUGCCAUCUUCCUUUUGUUGCUUGGGUUUUCCGACUCUCUGUCUCCCGACGGCCUUGCCCUGCUGGGAUUCAAGGAAUCGGUCGCCAGCGACCCGUUGAAGUUGCUUUCCGGCUGGAAUCCGGCCGACGAGUCUCCGUGCAGUUGGUAUGGCGUCUCAUGUGAUGGUGUCUCUGGGAGGGUCACGGCAUUGAACAUCACUGGACUGUCCCGGUCUCCCAGUCGGUUUCCUUUUCUUUUGCCUCCUGACUCCGGUGACAACUCGUCUGUUCUUGCUGGAACUCUGUCGGCUUCUAUAGGGAACCUCACGAGUCUGCAGGUGUUGUCACUUCCGCACAAUGCGUUCUCGGGCAGGAUUCCGGAGGAGAUCGGUCGCCUUCGAGCCCUGGAGUUCCUGGAGCUGCAGGGAAACAGCUUCUCCGGUUCGAUUCCCGACCAGAUAAGUUACCUUCCUUACCUCAGAGUGCUUAAUCUUGCUUACAACUCGCUUUCCGGAGAGAUUCCAGGGAGAAUCGUCAAAUGUGCUAGAUUGAGAUGGCUGAAUUUGGAAGGGAACUUUCUGAAUGGGAGCUUGCCGGAGAAUCUGAUUGGGUUCGCCGGGCUCGAGUCGAUCGAUUUGUCCUAUAAUCAACUAUCUGGAAAGAUAGCCAGGAAGCAUUUUGGUCAAUGUGGGUCACUUCAGCGCCUUCAUAUCUCCUGUAAUUCAUUCAUCAGCUCCAUUCCCCGGGAGGUAGGAAAUUGCUCAAAACUCCGGUCGCUCAUUCUGUCCGGAAACGUCUUUGAGGGCGCUAUUCCUCCGGAGAUAGGCCUGCUCUCAGAGCUCCAGAUUGUGGACGUCUCUAGGAAUAGCCUCACUGGUAGGAUCCCCAGGGAGCUAGCCAAUUGUCGGAAGCUAUCUGUUCUCGUUCUCACCAAUUUGGUAGAUAUAUCUUCGUUCUGCAGAAAACUGUCUUACUACAGCCUUUCUUCGAGUUUCAGAGAAGAAUUCAAUGCCUUCGCUGGUGGGAUCCCUUAUGAGGUUCUAGUGCUUCCAAAUAUUAGGAUCUUUUGGGCUCCUAGAGCCAAUCUCAACGGCAGAUUGCCCUAUUACUGGGGCACCUCGUGUCAACUUCGAAUCCUCAAUCUGGGUCUUAAUUAUAUUGAUGGAAUCAUACCUGAUGGACUGGGCAUGUGCAAGAAUUUAACAUUUCUUGAUCUUAGUUCGAACAGUUUGAAUGGGCAGCUUCCAGCAAGUUUACCAGUUAGGUGCAUGGUUUACUUUAAUGUCAGUCGAAAUUCAUUGUCCGGUUCUAUGCUUGAAUUUGAAGGAGCGAGUUGCAGUGGUACUAUAGAAAUGCCAUCCGUUGCUUCUGAUGGUCGACAUAUCUACUCAGUGAGCUCAGAGGAACUAGAUCAAAGUCUUGAAUACAUGUACUCUGAUCUUCUUUCCGAGUCUGUGAAUCUGACUAAUCCUUUCUACUCAUUCUCAACUAAUAGCUCAGUAAUUCUACAUGACCUUAGCUGGAACAACUUCAUUGGUCCGCUGAAUUUCUCUUCCAUUGGUAAUGGCCUGUUGGUUGGUAGUCCAUCCUAUGGAUUGUUACUCAACAAUAAUCAGUUUUAUGGGUCUCUUACUGUCUCCAUUAAUCCGACGUGCCAACCUUUGCGAGGAUUUGUUCUUGAUAUCAGUUUCAAUCAAAUCUCUGGUGCGAUACCUCGGGAAUUUUUCCAGAGCUGUCCUCAUAUGGUGGAUUUUGUGGCGGCAUAUAAUCAGCUAAGCGGGCCAAUCCCUACUGACAUCAGCAAUUUGUCCUCGCUUUCCAAUCUGAACUUGGCAGGAAACAAACUUAAUGGGACCAUUCCUGAUCAGUUGGUGAAUUUAAAGAACCUUCAGUCAGUUCUUCUAGGUGAAAACAGAUUGUCGGGAGAAAUGCCCGCACAGUUGGGCCAAUCUAGUUCUCUUGUGAUCCUUAAUCUUUCCCACAACUCCCUCGUUGGUACAAUCCCUGAAACAUUGGGAAAUGCUUCGAACAUCCGAGUUUUGCUGCUUGAUCAUAACAUGCUUUCAGGAGAGAUUCCCUCAUCAUUCUCACGGCUGGCCAAUCUCCUUGAACUUGAUGUUUCUUACAAUAAUCUUUCUGGGUACGUACCAGCUCUUCAGCAUCAGAUUAACUGUGAUAGCUUCCGGGGUAAUGUCUAUUUGCACCAAUGCACAUAUCAUUCUUCACCCACACCAAUUGAACCUCCAAUUAUUCCUCCGGAUAAAAGAGGUCUACAUCCAAUACUGGGCUUGGGAGCUAUAAUAGCGGUUGCUUCAUCUUCAGCUAUAGUAUUAACUCUCCUAGUCCUGCUCUUGGUCCUCUACUGUGGCAAGAAGGGAUAUAUCAAACUUCCAAAUCAGAAAAGAAAGCUAGUCGUCACAUUUACCAGCAAUUCUGUCGGCCUGGAUUAUGAGAAUGUUGUAAGAGCAACAGGGAUCUUCAGCGUUGCUAAUUUGAUUGGAACAGGAGGAUUUGGGGCAACAUAUAAGGCUGAAGUAGCUCCUGGUUUUCUAGUUGCAGUAAAGAGGCUUUCAUUUGGCAGGUUUCAGGGUCUGAAACAGUUUGAUGCAGAGAUUAGAACUCUUGGAAGAAUUCGACAUGAAAAUCUUGUUACUCUAAUUGGGUACCACAUGGGGGAUAAGGAGACUUUCUUGAUCUACAAUUACCUAUCAGGAGGCAAUCUAGACAGCUUCAUUCACAAGAGGUCAAAGAAGAACCUCCGCUGGCCUUUAAUUCGCAAGAUAGCUCUUGACAUUGCAAAUGCAUUGGUAUAUCUUCACUAUGAUUGUGUUCCCCGCAUUGUUCAUCGUGAUGUCAAACCAAGUAACAUCUUGCUUGAUAAUGAGUUGAAUGCAUAUUUAUCUGAUUUUGGUCUUGCAAGGCUGCUUGAAGUAUCAGAAACCCAUGCUACCACUGACGUUGCUGGCACAUUCGGAUAUGUAGCACCUGAAUAUGCAACUACAUGUAGGGUCUCAGAUAAGGCUGAUGUUUAUAGCUUCGGGGUGGUACUGUUGGAAAUGCUAUCAGGAAAGAGGUCAUUGGAUCCUUCAUUUUCGGAAUAUGGAAAUGGUUUUAACAUAGUUGCAUGGGGGAACAUGCUACUAAAGGAAGAGCGUCCAUCAGAGUUCUUCUGUCAAGGGCUCUGGGAAACAGGGCCGCAGCAGAAAUUGAUGGGGAUGCUUAAGGUUGCAAAUAUGUGCUCGGUCGAGCUACUUACAGUCAGGCCGUCAAUGAAACAGGUCCUAGAAAAAUUAAGGCAGUUGUAGCUGCUACCAUUUGAUAUGCCUUGAAUGCUGCAGCCCGUGUGCUUGAGCAAAGAGUGCAAAUGUAUGCUCAGACUUCAGAAGGAGUCGCUUCAAGUGCAGCAAUGGCGGAGCCCAAUUUACUCACUGAUAACAUGAGGUUUUGGCUUUUACCUUCUAAGCUUGCGCUUGGUGGGGAUCUGAUGCCAUAUUCUACCUGGCAAUCUCAACAAAACAUGCUGCUGCUUUCGUUGGCUUCAUCCAUGUGAGUACCAUCUGUUGCACCGUACAAAUGUGCCCUCACUGUCUUGUCCUCUUGCAGCAAUAGUUUUCUGUGGGUCCAUACCUGCUUUAAGCUUUAUUUGAGAGAAAGCAGUAAUUUUACAGUGGGUCCAUAUCUCAUUUGAUCUUUGUUUGAGAGGGCGAGAGAGAUGCAUGAUUGGGGCUAAAAUUCGUGUACCAUAUAAUAGCAGCUUUAGUUAGAAAUUGAAGAAUUUUUCUUCAUCUCAGUGAGAAGUUUAUGUAAAUAUCUCCGCCUUUUGUAAGUUCAAUUUUGUCCA